AUGGAUUUACGAGGCAGUAUCCAUCGUUUUGUGAAGUUUUUUAAGAUCGGCUGGAGGAUUUACCGCGAUCCACUGCUGGAGUCCAGCCACUCCUCACUUCACUAUUGGCGGGAGCAGAUGAAGGCAAUGGUAUUGUUUACUACGACGGAGGAACGCCAGUUGCCCUACCGAUCUACGUGGCACACUUUAGUAAAAAUUCAACUCUUCGUUUUUUUCGCUUCAAUGUGCUAUGGAUUUGUGGAAUCGAUUGGGAAUCAUGUUGAAAUGGGACGGGAUUUUGCUUUCAUACUUGGGGCAUUUUUUAUUGUGUUUAAGGUUUACUAUUUUCACUGGUAUGGCGAUGACCUUGACCAGGUGAUCAAUGAACUGGAUGCAUUUCAUCCUUGGGCACAGAAAGGUCCUAACGCAGUGGAUUAUAAAACUGGCAAACGUUGGUACUUCGUGAUGGCUUUCUUUUUGGCCUCAUCAUGGUCGUUCUUCUUGUGUGUUUUCAUAUUGUUACUCAUAACGUCACCCAUGUGGGUUCAUCAGCAGAACCUUCCCUUUCAUGCAGCCUUUCCUUUUCAAUGGCACGAAAGAUCGCUUCACCCCAUUAGCCACCUUAUAAUCUAUGUGUUUCAGAGCUACUUUUCAGCGUAUGCUCUGACUUGGCUUUUGUGCAUUGAGGGGCUGUCUGUUUGUAUUUAUGCGGAAAUAACUUUUGCCAUCGAAGUUUUAUGCCUGGAACUACGCCAAAUUCACCGAAAUAAUAAUGGCCUUGCAGAGCUGCGAAUGGAGACGAGUCGCUUGGUCAGGCUUCAUCAGAAGAUUGUGGAAAUUUUAGAUCGAACCAACAACGUUUUUCACGGUACCCUCAUAAUGCAAAUGGGGGUUAACUUUUCCUUGGUGUCCAUAUCAGUUUUAGAGGCCAUGGAGGCCCGCAAGGAUCCCAAGGUGGUGGUCCAGUUUGCAAUCCUCAUGCUGCUCGCCUUGGGGCAUCUAUCCAUGUGGUCCUUCUUUGGAGACAUGUUAUCCCAGGAGUCAUUGAAGAUAUCGGAUGCAGCUUAUGACGCUUACGAUCCCACCAAAGGAUCCAAAGAUGUCUAUAGAGACCUCUGCCUAAUAAUCAGGCGUGGCCAGGAGCCUCUGAUCAUGAGAGCCAGCCCCUUUCCGUCCUUUAAUUUAAUAAACUACAGCGCUAUACUUAACCAAUGCUACGGAAUCCUGACAUUUUUGCUAAAGACAUUAGAUUGA